AUGGCCGCCUCCAAAGUCUCCUUCACCGUUCGCCGCCCAGAGCCCGUCUCGCGCUCAGAGUCCUCUGGCGGCGAAGACUCGGAUGGUUUCCGCCGUCCCCCGGUCCCUCGGCACCUUCGCCCUGAAAUGGCCGACUCCAAACCCGGUUCUCCUCUGAGGCAAGAGGAUGUAGGCCGUUAUGUCGACUCGAGCGACGAGGAGGACCAAGAGCGAGAUGAGCUCGUUACUGAGUUUGAUAAAUUUGGCGCGAAGCGGUUGCACGAGGACAAGAAGCCGAAAGGACCUCUCAUUAUUCCCGCGCUGCAAAAUCGCGAUUGGCGCGCUAUGGCGAAGGCGCGCCAGCAAGGCAGCCAGCGUUAUGUCCCGCAGAGCGCGUCUGCCGGUACGGGUGCCGACGGCAGUGUCGGUGGACUUGGGACGCGCGAUACCAUCAAUGCCGGGCCGGAGAAGAUCGGGUUGGAGGUCAAGACGCGUGUAAAGAAGGAGGACGAGGAAGGGGACGAGGUGAUGGCCCCGCCAGCGGAGGAUGUGAAGGUGGAGGAGGAAACGGAGGACCAACGCGCUCUCCGUGCACUACUCUCGGGAGACACCGGCGCACAGGACAUCAUGGCUAUUCCUCUACGUGCCAGUGAAGAAGACGCCUACAAACAAGACGUCGACGAACUCCCAGAAGAGGCGACGCUGGCAGACUACGAGCGUGUGCCCGUCGAACAGUUUGGCGCGGCGUUGUUGCGGGGUAUGGGAUGGCAAGAGGGUCAAGCGGCGAGCAGGAAGAGCCGCAAAGGACCCACAGAGCCAUACUUGCCUACUGCGCGACCUGCGUUACUCGGACUGGGCGCGAAAGAGCAAGAGGUGUUGGACGAUGGGAGCAAGAAGAGCAAGCGUCCCAUGCGACCAGAGCGUCGUUAUGUGCCGGUGGUACAGAAGGAGCGGGAGGCGGGAACCAGUAGUCGCGACGAGUCUCGUUCACGGCAGCGCUCGCCUGAACCAGAUCGCAGGAAGGAGAGGCGUGACAAGGACGACGGCCGCAGCGGCGACCACAACCGUGAUCGCGAUCGUCGAGAGCGCGAUGACCGGUACUCAGACAGGCGUGACUCUGAGCGACGAGACCGCGACCGCGAACACGACAGCCGGAGGGACUAUGAUCGUGACCGGCGGCGCGACUACGACUACGAUGAUAGACGGGACCGUGAUCGUCGACGAGACGACCGCGAGAGGGAACGCUCACCUCGGCGAGACUACUCUCGUCGUUCGGACAAGCACCGUUAG